AGAUCCAUUAUUGCAAGUACGAUGCACUAAACUUACGUUGCUUGAAAAAUAUACUCAAAGCUCUCUGUGUACAUGGCAACCUCCAAUCCAAGUGUUUGUUUGAAGCUCCUCAUCGAUACAAAGGGUCGACGAGUUCUCUUUGCUGAAGCUGGCAAAGAGUUUGUGGACUUUCUCCUCACAAUCCUGUCUUUGCCUCUUGGCACUGUCAUCCGGCUCCUCUCCAAAGAUGGCAUGGUUGGCUCGUUAGGCAAGCUUUACGGCAGUGUCGAAAGCCUAAGUAGCACAUACAUGCAACCACACUUUAAUAAGGAAUCCCUCCUGAAACCUAAGGCAACAGCAACAAUUGAUGUUGGUGCUGAUGUCCUUCAUAUGCUGACGACAGAUGACUCCUCUGCUGAAAAGUCAAUCUAUGGUUGUCGUAAUUGUUGUUGUAACUACAGCGGCCGGCCAAUCGUUGUAACCGACGACCCUAAAGCCACUUGUCCGCACUGCCGUUUAAGCAUAACUUCCCCGGCGACUUUUGUCCAUCGAUCCGCUGCUGAAAGACCAACGUCCGGCGAGAGAGGGUAUGUGAAAGAUGUUGUGACGUAUAUGAUUACGGAUGACCUGGAAGUGAAGCCCUUGUCUAGCAUUUCAUGCAUAACCAUACUAAACAGGUUCAACGUCAAGGAUGUCGGUGCCCUCGAAGAGAAAGUGGUCCAUCUUACCAUUGAAGAGGGUGUCAAAUUGCUGAGGGCAUCGUUGCAGUCAAACUUGGUUCUGACCACCGUGUUCCUUGAUAAGAAUGAAGUGUGCAUGGAGUUGCCCAUAGAUUAGCUAAGUUUGCCAUCUCAAUUGGUAAUAAAUUUGUAUGGUUAGAGGAUCCUCCUGAUUUCGUUCAGGACCUUCUCAACCAGGAUCUUUUGUAGUGUGUUGGUUCUUUCUAUAAAAUAUCGUGUUUCUUUCAAAAAAAAAAAAAAAAAAAAGAGAAUGAAGCGUGCACUUCAACUGCAAGUAUUGUGGAAUGAGCAAUCUGAAUUUUCUACGAUGCGUUUGUUUCUGAAUGAUAUUUUGUUUUGCAUAUCUGGUGAUGAAAUGUAAUGACCUACGUAGAUUUGGGUUUCAAACUUUUUUAGAUGUCAUGUAAUUUAGGACCUUUGUCUGAAGGUCCCUGUCUAGAUCUAUUGUACUUUUGGUUGAUUUGGACUCUGUUUUGAUGUGUUAUUUUGGAAGUGAUAUCUACUCAAAGCCCAGGAAGAUUAAUGUAAUUUGAUAACGGUCUCGUUUU